GAAGGGGGUAGAAACAAAAAGAAAAGAAAACUAAAGGCCUAAAAUUGAUCUCACAUAUUCUUUGCUUCAACAGUUGUCUAACUGUAACCCAAAAAAGCCAAACCAAACUUCUCUUCCCUCUUUGAUUUUCCAUUUCAUGCCAGCAGCAACCACAAAUUAGCAGUUUUCGUCUCUUUGAAAUAGUAAAAAAAAGGUAUAAUCAGAAUAUAUUUUUUCGAAGAAGAGUCAAGAAGAGUGGGUUGUUUAAUGUCGCUGAGAAUUAAAGCAGUGGUUGAUAAAUUCGUACAAGAAUUGAAAGAAGCAUUAGAUGCAGAUAUACAAGAUAGGAUAAUGAAAGAAAGGGAGAUGCAGAGUUACAUUGAGGAACGUGAACGUGAAGUUGCUGAGCGUGAAGCUGCUUGGAAAGCUGAGCUCUCUCGUCGUGAGGCAGAAAUUGCUCGGCAAGAAGCCCGGUUAAAGAUGGAGAGGGAAAAUCUUGAGAAAGAGAAAAGUGUGCUAAUGGGGACUGCAUCAAAUCAAGAUAACCAAGAUGGAGCUCUUGAAAUAACAGUUAGUGGGGAGAAGUACCGUUGUCUGAGAUUUGCAAAAGCAAAGAAGUGAAGCACUAAAAGUAGGAAAAAGUUUCACUCCUAUGUUUAUUUAUACAGCUAGUUUGCUGGAUGCUCGUAUAAAAUUUUAUUCAAGAUUGAACUUUUGCAGCCUCUGUUACUCGCAAAAGAAAAGAAAUUUAGAUCUGCAUCUCUUUUAAAUUUCUCGGAUAAGAUAGCCUGAAAUUUUUCUGUUGUUCC